UAAGCACUCUAGUUUUGAGAGUACCAAAGAAAAAAAAAGAGAAAAGUUUGAAUCUUUGUCUCUGUAUCUUCUUGUGAGGAUGUGUGGAGGAGCUAUCAUAUCGGGAUUCAUACCGCCGGCGAGGUCGCGGAAGCUGACGGCGGAGUUAUUAUGGCCGGAUUAUAAGAAGAGGCACGGUUCGGAGAAGAAGAAGCAGCAGAGCCGCCGCGUGGUGGUGGUUGAAGAUGAUGAUGAUGAUGAUGAUGCUGGUGGUUAUGAUUUUGAGGCUGAUUUCCGGGAGUUCAAUGAUGAUCCUGUGGAUUCUUAUGAGGAGCCCUUUGGUGGUGUUCAUCACGCUCCCCAAAAUCCCUUCUUUCAUGAGAGUUCUAAAACUCUGAAGCCUGUGGAGUUCAGUGGACUUGUGGAGAAAUCUGCCAAAAGAAAGAGAAAGAAUCAGUACAGAGGAAUCCGUCAACGACCAUGGGGAAAAUGGGCUGCUGAAAUCAGAAAUCCUUGCAAAGGUGUCCGUGUCUGGCUUGGAACAUUCAAUACUGCUGAGGAGGCUGCACGAGCUUAUGAUGCUGAAGCCCGUCGUAUUCGUGGCAACAAAGCUAAGGUGAACUUCCCUGAAGAACCAUCUCCAGCUGCUCAAAAGCGUCGUCCAAAACCAGUGGCCUCGAAAGCAUCCAAAGCUAGUCUUUCUGAAAAGCCUAGCUUUAAUUUUGAUAAACCAGAUCCAGAUUUCCAUUUUCCCUUUGGUUUACUAGAAGAAGAGAAUGAGAUUGUUAAGCCUGAACUCCCCACUUACUCCCCUGCAAUGAAACCUUUUGUGCUAUCAGAGGGAGUUGCUCUGAAUUUCCAAUCUGAUCAGGGGAGCAACACUCUUGAUUGUUCAGACUAUGGCUGGGAAUAUGAGGCAAAGAACCCGGAGAUCACGUCCCUUGUUCAGCCCACCAUCAUUGAAUGUGAAGAAUCUUCACUGCUGGGCGAUGACUGCCCGGCGGCAAAGAAACUGAAGAAUAAUUCUGGGGAUGCAGCUUCUGUGGAGGAGAAUACUGCAACAAAACUAUCUGAAGAGCUCUCUAAUUUCGAAUCAUGUAUGAAGUUCUUGCAGAUUCCAUAUCUUGAGGGGAGCCCAGUUGAAUCAAUCGACAGCAUCUUUGGCAAUGAACUGACUCAGGAUGGUGUCAAUGUAAUGGACCUUUGGAGCUUUGAUAACCUGCCCCUGAAUGGCAGCAUUUACUGAGCAGCCUUAAUCCUUCCCACUUGAACUCUGUAUAUAUUGACAUGAACUAGUUGAGCAUUUUGAGCUUCUUUAAUUCUAUUAUUACCUGUUCAUCCUCGUUUCAGAAAUCAAUAAAGAUCGAGGAUAUGGAUUGAUUUAUGCCUCGCGAGAACCUUCCUUUUAAGAAUUUUGUGUUAUGUAACAUAUUUGAAGAUCAUAUACUGAUGAUCUGUUUAACUGUUCUUCAUUCAAUCUGUUGUUGUUGUAGCUCUGGAAGAUGUUUGUAAGUUUGUUGUGGGUGCUCAUAUGCUGAAUGAAAUGUCAAGAAUGGAAACACAAUUUUCAAUUCA